CAGAGACCUCAGGUUGUGCUCGCUGGCAGUGAAAGUUCCAGCUCAGCAUGGCUCAGCCUAUGUACGACUUUGCCGCUGCACCUCACCCUCUCUUGACUUCGCCCACUUUGUAUGUGGCAGACGUUACGAAACGCGUCAAGUGGCAACACCUCGAGGAAGUCUUCAAACUUUGUGGCACAGUGCGCAGCGGAGGCAAGAGCAAUGGUGCAUGCAUGCCGGAUCGGAAGAAAUGGGCUGUGGUUUUCGAGAACAUAUAUUACGGUAGGUGACCGA